AUGAUAAACCCUUACUGCUACCUCGAUGACCUCUACAUUAAUGUCUUCAAAACUUUCCAUAACGCCGUCGAUAAUGUCAAAUUAAAAGUGUACGAGAAAACGAAGGACGAAAUCAGGGGUGAAGUUCUCGAAAUGAAAGACACGCUGGAGGACCUCAUCGAAGGCAUGGCCAAAUUUAUUCGCCGGGAAGAUGAUCGCGAGAAAUACGAGGAGGUCGAGAAGAAAGAUUACGACGGCUACAGAAACCGCCUAGAUGAGCAUAUCAAAUGCCUGACGGAUUUGAGGAGGGAAAUGGAGGAAUGUCGGGAGCUUCGAUAUGAGAAUUACUGGAAAUUGACGGAUGAAGAGCAAACGCGGUUUCGGUCUAUGCCAGAGGAUAUCGAUUUAAUCAAAUCAAGGAUAAAUGAUCUGCAGAGAGUCGAAACGAAGCUUUCAUCGGUUCAUUGGGACAAGGUGACAGCAGAGAGACGUAGUGGGAGUAGAAGUUGGUUAGAUAAAUUUUUGGGAGAAGAUUCGUCCGCCAAAAAGGAAGAGGAGAAAAAGAAAUGGUUCGAAGAGCCUGAAGCGGAUGACUUCUCCUGA